GUUUCCCAGGGGCCCAAACACGCCUGACCAAGACGCCCCUGGCAACCUCGUCCGCCCCCUCCAGAGCGCGCGGAGGGCCAGCCUGCCUCCCUCCCUCCGCCCGCUUCCCGAAGCAGAGCCGGGGCGCACUUACAGAUAAAGAUAUUGCAGCCCAGAGAUUUGGGAACAUCUGACAGUGGCUGCUGAAAACUGUUUGGACUUGGAUCAGAAGCAAAGCUUACAGCAGUCCCCGUGAGAGGGAGCCGGUGCAGCGGGACUUGGCCUCCUCCGCAUCGCAGGGCAGUCCCGCGCACGUGCGCCUUGCGCUGAGACUGGCGUGGUUAAGGGCAGAGGCUGCUGACGGCCCGGCAGUCACUCCGUCUACUGCUCUGUCAUCUUCUCCGAUGGGUAAAGUGCAGUACUUCUCCCCAUUCCGCUGUGAGAGCAGAAAUCUCUGCAGGCAAAUUACUCCAGAGCCAUCACAGAACAAUCCUAGAAGAAAGAGUUAAACUCACAGAAUCAGGAUUCCUGAUCAUUUUCCAACAUGGCAGGUGUAAACGUCUGUAUAAAAUGUUCUAUGUUUAUCUUCAACUUUGUGUUCUGGCUAUGUGGUGCCAUUAUCCUUUCCAUAGCUAUUUCGAUACGAGCAGGGAAAAUUGGUCAAGAGAUUCUUGUUCCUGGGGAUGCUAACCUUAGCCCCUUUAUUGUUGUGAAUAUGUUAAUUUUUGUGGGUGCUGUCAUCAUGAUUCUGGGUUUCCUGGGAUGCUGUGGUGCCAUGAAAGAAAACCAGUUCAUGAUGAUUUUGUUUUUCGUAGGACUGCUUAUGAUCCUACUCCUGCAGGUGGCAGCAGGUAUCCUAGCAACUACUAGCAAAUCUAAGACUGAACAAACUCUGAAUAAGACUCUCAUGAUUAAUGCACGUCUUUUGAGUUCAACAAAUGAAAAUGAAAGAGUAUUCCAGAAAGCCUUUUCUGAACUUCAAGGAAAGUUAAAAUGUUGUGGUUUGGUCAAUGGAGCUUCUGAUUGGGGAAGUAAUUUUCAACACUAUUACAAGACAUGUGAAUGUCCAGGUGAAUCAGAUCCUUCUUGUACAAAGUAUGGUGGAAAAGCUAUUUACAAACAGUCAUGCUUUGCCUCGAUUAACCACAUAUUUUCAAGACGUUUUUUCAUAGUUAUUGCACUAGCAUUUGGACUGGCGGCUAUUGAGGUACUUGGUCUGAUAUUUUCUAUUGUUCUGUACUGCCAGAUGAGGAAGAAAUAAAACUGGGGAUGUGUCAAGCCAUCAUCGGUCAAACCCCUUUAAAGUUUUACUGUGGAGUUGUUACUUUAAAUAUAUGAGUGCAAUGUUAAAAGCAGCUUUCCUAUUAAAAUGUGUCAUUUAGCUGGA